GCGGGGCACCUGGGUGCGCUGCCCACCGAAACGCCGUCGAAGCCGAGGGGCCGCGGCGCAGCACAGCUGUUGGCGCGACGCCGCCUCCGCUACGGUCGGCCCCGGCGGGCUGGAGGAUGCUUGUGGGCGCCCUGGGCCACGUCUGCCCCAGUCUGCGGCCCCGGCCUGCGGCCCCGGCCCGUUCGUCGUAGGGGCCGCCGCCCUCCCGUCCGGCCUUCUCGCCUGUGUCGUGGGCUUCCGUGCCUCAGUAUCCUCUUCUGAGCAAAAGCUGCUUGAUCAUAUGUUUCAAGGAUGGCUCUCCCUAUCAUCGUAAAAUGGGGUGGACAGGAAUAUUCAGUGACCACACUUUCAGAAGACGAUACUGUGCUAGAUCUCAAGCAAUUUCUUAAGACCCUCACAGGAGUGCUACCAGAACGCCAAAAAUUACUUGGACUUAAAGUUAAAGGCAAACCUGCAGAAAAUGAUGUUAAGCUUGGAGCUCUCAAACUGAAACCAAAUACUAAAAUCAUGAUGAUGGGAACUCGUGAGGAGAGCUUGGAAGAUGUCUUAGGGCCACCUCCAGACAAUGAUGAUGUUGUCAACGAUUUUGAUAUUGAAGAUGAAGUAGUUGAAGUAGAAAAUAGGGAAGAAAACCUAUUGAAAAUUUCUCGCAGGGUAAAAGAGUACAAAGUGGAGAUUUUGAAUCCUCCCAGGGAAGGGAAAAAGCUUUUGGUGCUAGAUGUUGAUUAUACGUUAUUUGACCACAGGUCUUGUGCAGAGACUGGAGUAGAAUUAAUGCGGCCAUAUCUUCACGAAUUCCUCACAUCUGCAUAUGAGGAUUAUGACAUUGUUAUUUGGUCUGCAACAAAUAUGAAGUGGAUUGAAGCUAAAAUGAAAGAGCUGGGAGUGAGCACAAAUGCAAAUUAUAAGAUUACCUUCAUGUUGGACAGUGCUGCUAUGAUAACAGUGCAUACUCCAAGGAGAGGAUUAAUAGAUGUAAAGCCUCUUGGUGUUAUAUGGGGAAAGUUUUCGGAGUUUUACAGCAAAAAAAACACCAUUAUGUUUGAUGACAUUGGAAGAAAUUUUCUAAUGAACCCACAGAAUGGAUUAAAGAUAAGACCUUUUAUGAAAGCACACCUAAAUCGAGAUAAAGACAAGGAACUUUUAAAAUUAACUCAGUACCUCAAGGAAAUAGCAAAAUUAGAUGACUUUUUGGACCUAAAUCACAAAUAUUGGGAAAGGUAUCUGUCAAAGAAGCAAGGACAGUAGUUACAAGUUACAUGGGCAGUUACCGAGGAUACUUGAGAUCACGAACUUCUUGCUUUUCUGCUAGAAAUCAUUAUAAUAGUGCUGGACACUGCAGCGAAUAUCAGACUGCUUAUACUUGGUCUUCCAGUUUUGUAAAUUUAAUUUUAUAUUUUUUGAAGAUCAUAGCAAUACGCUUAAAAAAUCCUUUUCUCCUAUAUGAAUAUACUGUUACUCUUGAAAAAUAUUUUCUCCGGCAUUGAGUACUGAGUUUUUUCCCCACACACACACAAAAAAUGUACAAAAAUGUAUUCUCAACGGUGUCAUUUUGUGGCUUUGGAAACCAGUUAUGUCUUGUGUUUUUGUCUCACUGUGUUGUUUGACUAAAUCUAAGACCAAACCCAUCUUGAAGCUACUGCUUUUCCCUUUAAAACUCCCCCCCAAAAAAGUUUUUGCUUAAGGAACCUAGUUUGGUAUGCUUAAAAUCACCAAGAGUUUUUUUAUUCCUUUGUUGUAGACACAAUUCUCUUCUUCCUGUGCACUAUUUACAUCUCUACAUUUUGAUCUGUCUCAGUUUGGUCUGUAUGUGUGUCUGUGUUCUUUGAGUAAAACUGGAAAACGUCAGCUGUGAUACAAGUAUGUCUCAUAGUAUGAGAAAUAGGAAACAUAAGACUGAAGAGUAAAACUAAGGAACAAAAAUGUCUUCCUUUUUUUGGUGGCUAAGUAAAGGCACUUCUGCCUAAAACCUGCCUAAUCAUAAAAACAAUUAAAGGCAAUACAUUUUUAAGUGGACAUGUCACUGGCUCAGCCCUAAAAAGCAUGAACAAAAAGUUUUUGUUCUGUUCCAGCUCUAUAUUGUCUUAAGUGCAAACACUAUGUUUCAGUGAAAAUAUUUAGCCAUAAGGUUAAAAAAAAAUUAUUUGCAAUGCUUAAGCCCGCAGAUAUAUAAUGUGACCACUGUUUGUGUUGACAGUAUUGCUUUAUACAGUUCUUGUAUUUGAAAGGAAUCUAGUCCUUUCAAAUAAACAUGGUGUAUAUUGUUCUUACGGGACUAUUUCAGUGGUGUAAAUAAUAAAUACUUUUUCUUAAAACA